AUGGCGUCGAUGAUGGCAUUGCUAAGGAGCAGCAGAGGAAACAUGGCGUGCAUUUUCGGCACGAGGAGGUGGAACCACGUCGCAGCCAUGCCUCCGCCGUUCGAUGGAGUCAUGGAACGUAAGAUUUUAUCGCCACAGUUCGUUCUGCCCGAGUCUGAUCGGGACCCAGCGCAGAAUAACAACAUCGGAUUCGGGUUCCCCAGUUUCUUGUUCGGUGGAUCGAUGGAACUCAUGGCUGUCCCCAAGAGAAAGGCUGGAUAUCGUGCAGACUUCUCCCCACAAGAGAGGCAUAAGAAAUGGCCCCAAGGCUUUGAAACCUGUUCCAGUGAUAAUCCGAUGCAGGGCUUGCGGGCGUUGGAGAUCGGGGAAAUGGCCAUGAGCGUGAUGGCUCAACAAGUUGAGAUUGAAGUUGCUGCGGCAUAG